GAAAAAUAGGGUUAUAUUGUUAUUAUUGUAUUCUAGUUAUAUUACAAUUAAAAUAAUGUUUAACAAAUUAAGAAAUUUUAAAAAUUUUAACACGUUUUGUUACUGCACGAAGGCGCGAUACAAUGACACAGUUCUACUGCCGAAAACGGAGUUUCCUUUGAGGUUAAGUCAAAAGAAACUGCAGGAUAGAGACCAGCACAUUUACACUGCCGGCGGGUUCGAGGACUUGUACGAUUGGCAACGGGGCCAUUUAUCCGAGCCGGAAUUCGUGCUGCACGAUGGACCUCCAUACGCGAACGGACCGCCUCAUAUGGGACAUGCUAUCAAUAAGAUUUUAAAGGACGCUAUUGUGAGAUACGAGAUAUUGAAUAACAAAAAGGUACAUUACGUGCCCGGCUGGGAUUGUCACGGUUUACCCAUCGAGUUGAAGGCCCUGAAAGAUGCGGACGCAAAAGGAUUGGAACCGAUAGAGCUGAGAGCAAAAGCUAGAAAAUUUGCUGAUAAGAGCAUCGAAGACCAAAAACAAGUGUUCAAAUCUUGGGGCGUUACUGCCAAUUGGAAAAAAUACUACACCACCCAUUCCACCGACUACGUCAAAUGCCAGCUGAGGCAAUUUCUUAAAUUAUACCAAAAAAAUUACAUUUUCCGAGACGUGAAACCCGUUCAUUGGUCUCCAUCGUCUCGUACAGCCCUAGCCGAAGCCGAAUUAGAGUACAACGAGAACCACAAGAGCCCCAGCUUGCAUUUCACCGUACGCAUUAAGAGCCUACCGAAAUUGGGGCCUUUAAACAAGAACUACUACGCCAUCUUGUGGACGACAACUCCCUGGACGAUUCCAUCGAAUCAAGCCGUAUGCUACAACCCUUCGCUAUCGUACAGCAUAGUAAAAAUACCCCAAUUACAAGAGGAUGCCGUGUACGUGAUAGCCACCGAUCUGGUAAAGGAAGUCUCGGCUAUUUUGAACACCCCCAUCGAAACCGUAGACGAAAUUAAAGGGUCGGCGCUAGAGGGAGCCACCUACGAGCACCCCCUAUACAAGAGCGAUAAAAACGAUUUGAAAUUCGUGCAAGCGGAGCACGUGUCUUCAUCGAAGGGCACAGGCCUAGUGCAUUCGGCCGGUGCGCACGGUCCUGACGAUUAUUUAGUAGCCCUUCGUAAUAAAUUCUCGAUCGUGGAUUUGGUGGAUGAUGCGGGUUGUUUUACAACGGAAGCGGGUUCGAAGUUCGCAGGAAAGUACGUACUAGAAGCCGGUAACGCUGCCGUAUUAGAAGCCUUGAAGGAAGACUCGAGUUUGUUGCGCUUAGGCGAUAUCACUCACAGCUAUCCGUACGAUUGGAGGACCAAACAACCCGUUAUAAUCAAAGCGAGUCGACAGUGGUUCAUCGAUACGGACUCCAUCAAACGUAGGGCUGUCGAAUCCUUGGAAAACGUGCGAUUUCUGCCGUCUGACAAGAGCGAUUUGCACAAAUCGAAUCUCAUCAAGCAAAUCGAAAAGCGACCGUACUGGUGCAUAUCGAGGCAGAGGAAAUGGGGCGUACCUAUACCGGUUUUGUACGACAAAACCACAUCGGAACCCAUCAUAAACGAAAACACAAUCAACCAUCAUUUGAAUCUACUGGAUACCGUAGGCGUGGAUUUCUGGUGGAAAUGCACCGCAGAGCAACUGCUACCGACCGAUUCGAAUUCGUCAUCCUCCUACAACGCAAACGACGUAGUUAAAAGCGAGGAUAUAAUGGACAUUUGGCUGGACAGCGGGCUCUCGUGGGCCAAAGUCUUGGACGGUUCGAAAACAGCCGAUGUCUAUCUAGAAGGCGUCGAUCAACUGACGGGCUGGUUCCAGUCGUCGCUGUUAACGUCGGUGGCGCUGCGCGACAAGGCCCCUUUCAAAACCGUCUACGUGCACGGAUUCGCCGUCGACGCCAAAGGCGCCAAGAUGUCCAAGUCGCUGGGGAACGUGGUGGAUCCGGUGGAGGUGGUGCUGGGGUCUCGAGGCAAGCCCGGUCUCGGCGUCGACGCUUUGAGAUGGUGGGUGACCUGUCACGCGAACCGGGACCUCCAGGCCAGCGUCGGGGACAAGGUGUUGCGGGCGUGUUGCGACGAAGUGCAGAAAAUCCGGAGCGUCCUUCGAUUCGCUGUAGCCGGUUUGAGCGAUUUCAACAGCGCUCGAAUCGAAAACCAACCGUUGCAACACUUGCAACUAAUCGACAGAUACCUAAUGCACUUGCUGCACCGAUUCCAAACCAAAGUGGCCGAUUGCAUGUCGGAGUACCAGUUCCACAAGAUAUCCGGGCUGCUGAACAACCUACUCACCAAUUCCGUAUCCGCGCUGUAUUACACGUCGAUCAAAGACCGGCUGUACUGCGAGCCGGCCGAGAGUCCCGCCAGGAGAUCGGCGCAGUACACGCUGUAUCACGUGUACGAGACGGUGUCGUUGGCGGUGGCUCCGAUGCUGCCGCACCUCGUCGAGGAGUUGCAUCUGCACAGCCGGACGAAAGAGGCCAAGACGUAUUUCACUGCGUGCCAUCGCAGAGUAGGCGACGAGUGGUUGAACGACGAUGUGGAAGGGUUGUUUCGGAUGAUUUUGGAUUGGAAGAGGGAGGUUAACGUCGAAGUCGGUGCUAAUACGGGCGAUUUGGAUGUUGAAGUGGUCGUUUCGAAGGAAAUUGCUGGAAGGAUUAAGAAAAAUAUAGAUUUACAUGAACUUGGUGGGCAACUAAUAGACGUUUUCCAAGUUGCUGGGAUUUCCGUUAAAGAAGACCCGGAGUAUGCUCCGGAUGCACAUAAAUUGCGCUUGAAUAAGAGUUGCAAACAUUUCUGUCCGAGGUGUAGGAAAGUGAGUUCGCUCGAGGAAAAUAGACUGUGUUGCAGAUGCGAUAAUGUGGUGGCAAAUACCGUCAGAAAAAGUUUUGUAAAUUGAUUUGGCAAUAAAAAAGAUUUUUGCCGAAACCAGGGAUCGAACCAGGGACCUUUAGAUCUUCAGUCUAACGCUCUCCCAACUGAGCUAUUUCGGCACAUUAACUAAUCCUCCAAAUUGUGCUGUUAUACUAAUGUCUUCGCGAGGUACUCAAAUAUGUUCACAAUCUUUU